GCAACUUUUGCUGCUUCAACUGGUGUUGUUGGGUUUGGGGGUAGACAACACCAUUUAAAAGAGACGCGACUGUGAGAUGGUUGGCGCGUCGCGCGUCAAGCAGUGUAAGUGGUUGUGGCUUGCCCCGCAGCGCACAAGCCACAUUGAAUUCCCGCCAAGACUUGUUGACAUGAUAUUUGCCUCAGGCAUCAAUCCACUGCUGGAGCUUCAACGGCUUGGGUCCAGCAAGCUUCAAGGAACGAGCCAAUCCAGACGACCUCAAUUCGCUUGCCUGCGCCCGCCCUGCUCGACGACGACGACGACGGAAACCGCCGGCCAGGCCCAGUCAGUCAAAAUGUCGACCACUCCCGGAAACACGUAUACCAUCAGCAAGCAGAUCAAGACUGAGUACCCACUCAUCGAUAAUGAUCCGCACUUCAAGCGUGUAAUUCGGUACGCCCGGCCGUCCGAUUACGUCCACGGCAUCGUCGCUGCCGCCGCCGGCCCCAGUCUUCUCUACGCCAUGGAGAGAUUUGCUCCCUCAUAUGUCGGAAAGGGUGGUGUCGCCCAGACCAUGCGGUUGGGCGGUGCCAUGGGGUUGUGUGGUGGUUUCAUCUACUUUUACCAGCGGUCUAUUCUGCGCUUCUACGGUAUGAGCGAAAACGCCCGGGAAGUCCAGAUGGACAUGCGCGAGAUGGUCGACAAGGUCAAGCGCGGCGAGCCUAUCUACGGCGAAAGUCAGCUUACUCCCGCCAUGCAGGGUGUUGCCGCCCGCCAGUCUAGAUAUUCCGCUCUCUUUAUGGCUGUGCUCCCCUGGUUCAACUUUGUCAACCACAGCCAGCACGGUGUUGACACCGCCAAGUAUUACAGACAAGCCGAGAGGGAGCUGGAGGCUGAGCGUCUUGCGCGGGAGGGUGGGAACCCUAGCCAGUAAAAGGAAAAGGAAUGAAAAGAACGAUUGCAUGUGCGGGGAGGGUGCUGGACUGCGGGUGCCAGGUUGUAUAUACCAAUGCUAGAAGGCUGGCCAACAGACAUUUUUUUUGAUGAACACAUUGCUAAGUAUCUAUCUUGGGUUGAUGUGCUCACCGGCUUCCAGCUCUUACACCGAAUAUUAGCGCUCAAACGACGUUGGAUUGGAUGUUUCUAUGGGCUUGAGGGGUAGAGUUAGAUCAAUGCGUGUAUACUUUAGCCCUACUACGCAACACGGCAGCGGGUAUCUCAUUUACUCAUAUAUACGAAUGCUAUGCAUACAAAUCUCGCACUCACCACCACGCCACCCGUGCCCACCACCUUGAUUCAACUAUCCUCAAUCUACCCUCCGGACCUCCCAAUCAAGCCACCAGUAUUUUAAGCGCACUGCGAGUAGUAAGGAGGCGAAACAGCCUUGCAAGAUCCGCUCUGUUGCAGGGUCAGCACUGAUGCCACUUUGGAAAAGGGGUUCACUCAUAACAACUUACAGCGCAGUUCGUGCAUCCAGUAUACCCGUUACCGCCACACUGCCCAUACAUGGCAACACUGCAACCGGAGUUGCCGCCGCCAGCAUUACUACCACCGCCAGUAGCAGGAGAAGAACCACCUCCUCCUGGAGCAAUCGCGGAAGGAGAAGAGCCAACCUUGCAGGUUGACGCACACCCAGUGCAAGCCCCACCAGGAGUUCUAGUCUCACCACCAGAAUAAACCGCCGGUCCAGGGGCGGUGUAAGAAGUAAGCGCAGCGUGGAUGUUCACCUGCCCUUCACUGGCACCAUAGGCACCGGGGAGCCUCACCGUCGCGGGGCUAGCGUUGCCACCACCGGAGACGGUGAUCUGGUAGCAGGUCAUGUAAAACUGACCGCCACCGCUUGGACCAGCAGCGUGGAGAGCUAGCGAUUCGGCACGGAGGAGGUAGUCGCCCGAGGGGAUGUCAGCGGGGAUCUUGACGUCCAUCUUGCCGCAGCAGGCAUUGAGGUCCUUGCUGCCCCAGUUGUCAUCGUCACCAACGCGGCCGCCAGCCUUUUUGGACCACGAGUUGGAAAGGAUCUUGAACCAGCCGGUGGAGGUGCCGUCGGCGGUGGAGGCGUCUGGGACCUUGGAGAGGUAGACCUGGACGGGGCCGUAGUGGGCGCCGCCGAUGGCUUCUUGAGAGCAGGACCGGUCACCAGUUUGCUGUGGGUAGAGUUUCAGUGACGGUGCGGAAGGAAACCAUGAGGUAGAAACAUACCUGGUGCAUCUCGACAGUCACGGUGCCGCCGGCGCGAACAGGGCACUUGCCAGCGACGCCACGAGUACCGGCAUUGCACACAAAGUCACGGCCUCCGACGUUGGUGACGGGCGAGUUGGAAGGGGGGAGACGAGCGCAGGAGGAGCCGUGCUGAAAAGGUCAGUCACAGGUCCAGGUCAACACCAGGAGAGAAGACUUAUAUAAUCGGUACCGUCAACCCAGAGUUGCUGGAAGGUGGCAUGGGCAGCAACCUCUUUGGCGGCCAGAGCCGUCAAGGCAGCAAAGAAUGUCGACUUCAUUUUGAACUGGAACCCGGAUGGAGUCAAGGUGCAAGAAUGGAAGCAAGCCACUGACGAAGCAACGGGCAGAGAGAGGGGGAGGGGAGGACAACCGCUUUUUUUUCGGUGAUAUAUACUUCUCACUGUUUGGCUGCUUCCACUCUACCCCAGAUGUAGGGGGUGGCUUGCCAGGUUCUCACUCGCGCCCACUCGUCAUACUCGACCGUUGGGCUGUCAAAGCUAUGCAUGCAUACGGGGGCGUUCCAACCGAGCUCACUUACCGGCCCUCGAUUCCUUGACUUGUCAAAUCUCACCCUGUCCAAACCAGGACAGGAGGCUCGAUCAGGAGUAUACUACCGUGAUCACUCUUUGGUCGAGUGGCUGCAUUUGCCGAAGGCAACAUGUCUGCACCCCAGCCGAGGGCCCCAGACUGGUGUGGUUGGUGUGUGGUGGAAUACACUCUAUCCGCUCGAGAAAUCUGGGGUAUAGUGUUCCACGGCAUGAUUGAGGUUUAAUAUGGACCAAACGGGCACGCGGACGAGCAGCGACAAAUGAGGUUUGUGAGCGCAUAUUGGAGAGGUGCUGCGGGAUCAAUAUCAACAGAGUAUUUACCCGGGCCUUCUCACGGCAGCGCUGGGCCCGCAGCACCCGGCUUUCCGCAAUUGGUGCGGACACAACAGACAGAAGUGGACUGGAUGAUCCGUUCCGGUUAUUUUGGUUGGGUUGUUUAUUGAGGGUGGUGAAUCUGCUGUAGAGCGGCUACGAUGCCAACCAAGUCGGUGCAUGGUAUCUAACUGGUGAGAGAGUCGCACAUCAAAAAUCAGGAACAACCCCUCGGACGGUUUUCAUUCUCUGUGAUAGGCAAAGCCCGC